UGUUGAUUCUUAGAACUGGGGUUCUUAGAAGUGGUGAUGCAAGGAGUUUCUAGGAAAGCCCGGAGACCAGGUUUUAAAAGAAGUCUUGAACUGUGAAUUGAGGCUUUGGGUAGAAACAAGAUGGCCUCGCCGGCAGACAGCUGUAUCCAGUUCACCCGCCACGCUAGCGACGUCCUCCUCAACCUGAAUCGCCUGCGGAGCCGAGAUAUCCUGACGGAUGUCGUCAUCGUAGUCAACCGGGAACAGUUCCGGGCCCACAAGACCGUUCUCAUGGCGUGCAGCGGCCUGUUCUAUAGCAUCUUUACUGACCAGCUGAAAUGCAACCUGAAUGUGAUCAACCUUGACCCUGAAAUCAACCCGGAGGGCUUCUGUAUCCUUCUGGACUUCAUGUACACAUCCCGCCUGAAUCUCCGUGAGGGGAAUAUCAUGGCAGUGAUGGCCACCGCCAUGUAUCUGCAGAUGGAGCACGUUGUGGACACGUGCCGAAAGUUCAUCAAAGCCAGUGAAGCAGAGAUGGUGUCCGCCAUCAAGCCUCCUCGGGAUGAGUAUCUGGCUGGCCGGAUGCUGUUGCCCCAAGAAGUCAUGGCGUAUCGGAGCCGCGAAGCGGCCGAUAGCAACGGCCCCCUGCGGAACGGGCCCCUCUGUGACGGACGAGCCUUUGCUCCCGGCCUUUACAAUGGCUUGACUGCGUCACCAGCUUCCUAUCCCGUGUAUGGCCACCUCCCAGUGAACAGCUUCUUCGAUGAGGAACUGAGGGAUGUCAGGAUGCCCAUGGCUGACCUACCCAGGGCCAACCCAUACCCCAAAGAGCGGGUCCCCUCUUGUGAUAACACCCGGCCCCUCCCUACGGAUUACAACCGGGCUGUCAUGGAGGUCUCUGCCAACAUGUGCCAUGCUAGCAUCUACUCUCCUAAAGAGGCUACUCCGGAGGAGGUGCGGAGUGAGGUACACUACAGUGUGACUGAGGCAGGCCCCAAACCGGCUGCCCCGUCUGCCCGGAACAACUCAUACUUUGCCUGUGACAAGCCUGGCAAGGAGGAGGAGAGGACCUCCUCUGAGGAUGAGAUCAGCCUGCACUUCGAACCUCCUAAUGCCCCACUUAAUCGCAAGGGCCUGGUGAGCCCCCAGAGUCCCCAGAAGUCAGACUGCCAGCCCAACUCACCCACAGAGUCCAGCAGCAGCAAGAAUGCCUGCAUCUUACAAGGUGCCGGCUCCCCCCCAGCCAAGAGUCCUACUGACCCCAAGGCUUGCAACUGGAAGAAGUACAAAUUCAUUGUCCUCAACUCCCUCAACCAGAACACCAAGCCGGAUGGGGCUGAGCAGGCUGAGCUGGGCCGCCUCUCACCUCGAGCUUAUGUCCCCACGUCUACCUGCCAGCAGCCCUUGGAACCAGAAAAUCUGAACAUCCGCUCUCCAACCAAGCUGCCUGUGAGUGGGGAGGACUCUGCCAUAUCGCAGGCCAGCAGGCUCAACAACAUUGUCACCAGGUCCCUGGCCGGCUCUCCACGGAGCAGCACAGAGGGACAUUCUCCGCUGUAUCUGCCCUCGUCCAAAUGCCGCUCCUGUGGCUCCCAAUCCCCACAGCAUUCGGAGAUGUGCCUUCAUGCCACGGGCACUACCUUCCCAGAGGAGAUGGGAGAGACCCAGUCUGAGUACUCGGACUCCAGCUGUGAAAAUGGAGCUUUCUUCUGUAACGAGUGUGAUUGCCGCUUCUCAGAGGAGGCGUCCCUCAAAAGACACACCCUGCAGACUCACAGCGACAAGCCUUAUAAAUGUGACCGCUGCCAGGCCUCCUUUCGCUACAAGGGCAACCUCGCCAGCCACAAGACCGUCCACACGGGGGAAAAACCCUAUCGGUGCAACAUUUGUGGAGCCCAGUUCAACCGGCCAGCCAACCUAAAGACCCACACUCGCAUUCAUUCUGGAGAGAAGCCCUACAAGUGUGAGACCUGUGGAGCGAGAUUCGUCCAGGUGGCCCACCUGCGUGCUCAUGUGCUCAUCCACACUGGUGAGAAGCCCUACCCGUGUGAGAUCUGCGGCACCCGUUUCCGGCACCUGCAGACCCUCAAAAGCCACUUGCGCAUUCACACAGGAGAAAAACCCUACCAUUGUGAGAAGUGUAACCUGCAUUUCCGCCACAAAAGCCAGCUGCGGCUUCACCUGCGGCAGAAGCACGGUGCCAUCACCAACACCAAGGUUCAGUACCGCGUCUCUGCUGGCGACCUGCCGCCGGAACUACCCAAGGCUUGCUGAGAGCGUUGCAAAGGGGCCCCCUCUCUGGAAGUUAUCCAAAGGAUACUGUAACACUUUACAGAUGUUCAUCCCAUGAUGUAGUGCCUCUUCUCAUCCAUUUGUGCAGAUCAUAAAGGGGGUUGGAGUUGGGGGGCGGGGCGGGACGGGGAAAGACACAGGGGGAAGAAACAUGUAAAGCCUCCCACUGACCCAGUGACAUAACGUAAACACAAACCAACCAACAAGCUGAAUCUCCUAUGUGUUAGGGAAACUGUAUCAGUCAAAAAUGAAAAGAAAGGUCAUUUUGCCCAUCACCCCAUGGGGGAGUGCACAGAAGCUUUGGAAUCUGACUUGACUCGUUCUGAAAAAUGAGGAAUGUAUAUGUUUUGUGGGAACAGAUGUUUCUUUUGUAUGUAAAUGUGCAUUCUUUUAAAAGAAGAGAAUUCAGUAUGUUAUAAAAGAGAGGGCUUUAAUUUUUUUAACCAAAGGUGAAGGAAUAUAUGGCAGAGUUGUAAAUAUAUAUAAAUAUAUAUAAUAAAUAUAUAUAAACCUCAAAAAAGAUAUAUUAAAAAUAAAACUGCAUUAAAGGCUCGAUUUUGUAUCUGCGGGCAGACACGGAUCUGAGAAUCUUUAUUGAGAUAGAGCCCUUACAAAAUAUUUUAAGUAUUGCAUCUGUGUAAGUAAGAAGAUAUUUUGUCUAAAACGCCUCAGUGUAUUUGUAUUUUUUUGCAAGUGAAGGUUUACAAUUUACAAAAGUGUGUAUUAAAACAAAACACGAAAAAGCUGCAGAAGGAAAAAAAAUGCGUAAUUUUGUUCUAGUUUUGAGUUUGUAUAUAUCCGUACAACGUGUACUCACGGUGCCUUUUUUCCAUGGAAGUUUUCAAUGUAUGGACUAGAUGAGCCCCCUUCCUUUUCGAGGCGCAGGCAGACACAGGGACUUGAAGCUGGCACUCACUAAGCUCUCUUUGGGAAUGUUUGUCUUAUUACAUGCUGCGUCACGCUUGCAUUAUAUAGGUCCUCCGGAGACAGGGUUGGGCUGUGUCUAAACCGCAUCACUGCAUUGUAAAAUAUAGCUGUAUAAAACCAAGAAUAAAACGAUGAAACGUGAA